UUCACUCUGAAAUGCCGCGAAACACACAGACGCACAACACUCACAUCUCUUCUUCUUCUUCUUCGGCUUCAUUGCCAUAGCCUUCUCUCUCUUUCUUUCCAAGGAAAGGUGGGAGACAGAGUACGGUGCGUUUCGGAAAUGGUGACACGGCUUCAAUACAGUCUCUCCUCUUCUCAUUUUGUGCUUCUGCUGCUUCUGGUUGCUUGUGCGGGAAAGGGGAAUGGGUCUUCGGGUCGGGUCGAAGGGAGUUGCGAUGUGUUCUCGGGCUCGUGGGUGAGGGACGGAUCGUACCCGUUAUACGACCAGUCCACGUGUCAGUUUCUGCAGCGCGAGUUCAGCUGCGAGAGGAACGGCCGCCCUGACCGGAUUUACACCCACUACAGGUGGCAGCCCCUCGCCUGCAACUUAUUCAGAUUCAAUGGGAGAGACUUCUUGAGGAGGAUGAUGGGAAAGAGCAUCAUGUUCGUUGGAGAUUCCUUGAGUCUGAAUCAAUGGCAGUCUUUGACUUGCAUGCUUCACUCUUCAGUCCCUAAUUCCAAUUUCACUCUCACCAGACUCGGAUCUGUUUCUAUUUUUACCUUCACGGAGUACAAAGUAAAAGUGAUGGUAGAUAGGAAUGUGUAUCUAGUGGAGGUAGUGAGAGAGGGGAUAGGAAGAGUAUUGAAGCUUGAUUCUAUAGGGAAUGGCUCCUUGUGGAAAAGCAUGGAUGUGCUUAUCUUCAACACUUGGCAUUGGUGGUACCGUAGGGGACCUACUCAGCCAUGGGAUUAUAUAAAAGUGGGGAAUCAGAUAAUUAAGGACAUGGAUAGAAUGAAAGCUUUUGAGAUAGCUCUCACAACAUGGGGCAAAUGGGUUGACACCAACAUUGAUCCUUCAAAAGUUAAGGUCUUCUUUCAAGGAAUUUCUCCUUCUCACUACAAUGGUAGUUUUUGGGGUGAACCAAGAGCUAAAGGAUGUUUGAGACAACAGACGCCGGUGCCUGGGACAACAUACCCUGGAGGCUUGCCGACGGCCGUGGCAGUGCUAAAGAAUGUACUCCGGAGGAUGAAGAAGCCGGUGACUCUACUCGACAUCACAACCCUCUCACUUUUGAGAAAAGAUGCACAUCCUUCUAUUUAUGGACUUGGUGGAGGAAUGGGAAUGGAUUGUAGCCAUUGGUGUCUUGCUGGUGUUCCAGAUACCUGGAAUGAGAUUCUUUACAACCUUAUUCUUUGAAGAAAAACAAAAAAAAGGGUCAUAGAGAUGAAAUAGAUAUAUAUAUGGUUUGAUGUUUUGUUUAGCAUGAAAGCCAUUUUGAUGAUGGUAAAUUUCCUUUCUUUAAUUUGUCCUCAUUGUUUGGCCAGAAAAAUUAAUAAUUCAUCCUGCUCACAAUUUAUGAAUGGCUUAGCUUGUAAUAAAUUUGAUAUUUUAUAUUGAUAUUGAGAUUAGUACUGAUACAAAAA